GUUCUGUUUGUCCAAUAGGAUUUAGGGUAGAUAAGGAGAGGCCAGAUAAAUAUGACACAAAUUAGAAGUUGGGUUAUUCAUUUCAGCUGUUUGGUUUGCACUAUAUAAAGCACAAGUGAUAUAUAUCGUGUGUUUGGUUUGCUGUAAAUCAAAUACCACAAUACCCAAACCUAAAUUGGAGAAUAUAUAUUACAACUCUCUUCCGCCGCUCUUCCAUUUCAGUGUUCCAGAAUCGCCUCGCAAAUUCCGCAGAAGCUAUUUUCACUUUGUCCAGUUGAAGAUGUCUGACUACAUGCGUUCAAGGUUCACUUCCCCUGAUGUGCCGAGUUCGCAAGUGAAUUCCCGCCUUGGACGGUCAAGGAGAGGCAACGGUGACCGAACCCGCCGAACCUGGUCAUACCGUGAGGAGGAGAUUCUUGUGGUUGCGCUGAAGGACCUUGUUGUCACCGGAUGGAAAGCCGAUAAUGGAUUUCGGACAGGCUACCUUGGCAGACUCGAGGAAGCCCUGAAGAAGCAUUACCCCAACACUGACAUCAAAGCAACUCCUCAUAUUAACUCGAAGCUCACUUCCUGGAAAAGAUGCUACAAUUCUUUGCGUGGCAUCUUAAGUCGUAGCGGUGUGGGGUUCAACCUCCACGACGACUACAAGAUAGAUUGCGACGACGAUCAGUGGUCGCAAAUUGUCAAGGUACCAAAUCUACAACGGGUGAAGGGGUGGCGUAGGUCGAUGGCUUGCCUGAUAUAA